ACAAUGUGUGACAUUUGAGGAUUGUGUGGUGGAUAAAGACCUCCGGGAAGGGGACUCUUUGUGCUCUUCUUCACCUCCCUGAGUGCCGAUUCGAUCCUUUUCUUCGGGGCCAUCAGCCACCAAAAUGCCACCCAAAAAGCCAGAGCCCAAGAAAGCGGAACCGAAAAAGGAUGAAUCCAAGGCUGCCGCCAAAGCUGCCCCACCGCCUGAGCCGGAAGCUCGCAAGGAAGUCGAGUUCAAUCCGGCUAACAUCAAAGUUGAAUUCUCUAAUGACCAGAUUUCAGAUUUCAAGGAAGUCUUUGAGCUCUUCGACAGGACUCCCAAGGGGGAGCUGAAGAUCACAUUCGCCCAGUGCGGAGACGUCUUGAGGGCUUGUGGCCAGAAUCCCACCCAAGCAGAAGUUCUCAAGGUCCUUGGGCGGCCCAAGCCAGAUGAGAUGAACUCUAAGAUGAUAGACUUCGACACCUUCCUGCCCAUGCUCCAGCACAUCGCCAAGACCAAGGACACCGGGACCUUUGAGGACUUUGUGGAAGGCCUGCGGGUGUUUGACAAGGAAGGGAAUGGUACCGUCAUGGGGGCCGAACUCCGCCACGUCUUGGCAACGCUUGGUGAAAGACUGACCGAGGAAGAGGUGGAAAAGUUAAUGGCUGGCCAGGAGGAUUCCAACGGUUGCAUCAAUUAUGAAGCCUUUGUCAAGCAUAUCAUGGCAAGCUGAAUCCAGGAGGUGUCAACAGCAGCUGGGUGCCGAGCUUGGAUUUCAACCGAAUGGAGAGAAGGCAUUUGAUUUUUUUUCCAAAUGAGGAUAGAUGUUCAGUUCCUCAAAUGUAUUUUUGAUGUUGUUGUGGUGGAAUAGUGAUUAUAAACCCAGUCUUGCCUUCA